UGUGUUCUGGUCACAAAAUUAGUUAUCGAUGUUGGAAAACAUCAAAUGCUAUAUAAAUGAAUGAUGAUAUGAAACUGACCAGGGAAUGCAGAACGUUGAACGAAUGACUGACGUUAGAAAGCCCUUAGAUGAAAUAGCCGGCUACCCGAGUGUGUUAAACCGAUAGGCUAACGUGAAAUGUGAAAUAUGAAGUGUGAAUUAUAUGAGAAGCUGAAUAUAGGAACAAUUGAAAUUACAAACUGUUGGGAUAUUGCCACGAAAACCGUCUAUAAACCGGCGCGCUAUGCCCCUUGCAGUGAAUAAGGUGCUAAAUUACUUAAGCAUGCUUCAGCGAUCACUGCGACCAAUUCGACGUGAUUUGCAGGCCCGGUUACGUCGUUUUUAUAAAAAGUUGGAACGCAAAGGUUAUGGUCGGGGACCACUUAAGUUAAAAUUACCAAUUCGCCGUAGCCUGGUGUUGAAAGACGCCUUUUCUCGUAUCAUGUCAGCCAAUAAGCAAGAACUACGUCAUGGCAGAUUGGUUGUGGCAUUCGAAUCCGAGGAGGGACUCGAUCGGGGCGGACCAACCAGAGAAUUCUUCCUUUUAAUCUCACGUGAACUUUUCAACCCUUCCUUUGGACUCUUCGAAUAUUCAGCUGAUGAUAUUCACACCAUACAGCCGUCGCCUCAAUCGACCCUCGUUGACAAUUUCAUUGAUUGGUUUCGCUUCGCUGGCCGUAUAUUUGGCUUAGCUUUGAUACAUCGUUGCCUAUUGAACGCACCUUUCGUCAGCCACUUUUACAAGUCCCUCUUAAGAUUGCCACCGGCUCUUAACGAAUUGGAGUCACUGGACAAUGAAUUUCAUCAAUCUUUAGAAUGGAUUCGCGAUAAUGAUAUAAGUACAGGGGCAGACUUGGGUCUAACAUUCUGCGUCACCGAAAAUUUACUCGGAAAUGUAGUUGAGCGAGAACUUAAAGCAGAUGGUAGCAAUAUUCCAGUUACUGAAAAUAAUAAACGGGAAUAUUUAGCUCGCUUAAUUAAAUGGCGUUUGGAGCGCGGUGUGCAAGAACAGACAGAAUCUUUAGUUCGGGGCUUCUAUGAAGUUAUCGAUUCACGUUUAAUAAAGUUAUUCGAUGCCGGCACCUUUGAAUUAGUUAUAGCGGGCGCCGUAGAAAUCGACAUUAACGUUUGGCGAUCACACACAGAAUACCGUUUGGGUUAUAAUGAUAAUCAUCAAAUUAUUAUAUGGUUUUGGGAGGCGAUCGAAAAAUUCACCAAUGAACAGAAAUUACAUUUAUUGAAAUUUGUCACUGGCACCUCCAGUAUACCAUACGAAGGCUUUUUAGCUCUUCGAAGUUCCUCUGGACCACCAUAUUUUUGCAUUGAAAAAUGGGAUAAUCCGAAUGCCCUGCCACGUGCACACACGUGCUUCAAUCGCUUAUGCUUACCAUCAUAUGCGACCGCUGAACAGUUAUAUGAAAAAUUGUUAUUCGCUGUGGAAGAAACGAACACGUUUAGUCUGAAGUAA